GGCCUCCAGUCUGAAAAGCAGCUCUCCACCACCGCCCUGUGUCUUCUACCUUUGAGCUAGUUCUGUAUCCAAAUAGUUAGUCAUGUUGCAAAUCAAUACCGCACACUUCUUAGAAGCUGAAUCAGGUAGUAACUAAUACAGCUGGAGGAGGAGCUAUACGGGGAUGAAGAGUCUGAAAGGAUGUAGAGAGACAGAUAUUUAAGAAUUAGAAUUGAUUUUAUUGACACGUAUACUCAGGUACAGGAAUGCAGGAGUACAGUGAAAAGUACAAAGUUGAAUUUCUCUGAUGCCUUCUUGGUUAUGCACCUGAUUACAAAACUGGAAUUUAAAAAAAAAACAACAGAAAUAAAGGAAACAAAGCCAAAAAGUAUGAGAACUGUCCAGAUAUUAAAGUCUUAUUUCCAGGUAAACACCUGGGCCUGGAGUCUCGGGAGGAGCUGCGUGUUUGCUGCCACUGAUGCUACCGGUACCACAACUGGGUCCUGUAACACGCUCAGGUACCUAAGGAAAUCCUUCUUUCCAAAACAUCAGGAUCUGCAGUUUGCAGGCCUCCUGAAUCCACUGGACAGUCCACACCACAUGAGGAUAGAUGAGAAAUCUGAGUACCGUGAGGGAGUGGUAGUUGAACGGCCCCGUAAACCCCAGAAAGGAUCAUUUGUAAACUGUGGCAUGAGAAAGGAUGUACAGAUUGACCGACAGCUUCAACCUGGUUUACGGGUUACAGUCCGACUGCACAAGAAUGAAAACCCAGAGAGUAAAGCAUUGAAGGGUACAGUUGUCCCACCACAUGCUCCACGGACAGUAUCUGGCCUGUACUGGGGUUACACAGUGCGACUUGCUUCAUGCCUCAGUGCUGUGUUCACAGAGUGCCCAUUCAAGGAUGGCUACGAUCUCUCAAUUGGCACAUCUGAACGAGGGUCAAAUGUUGACAAUGUUACACUUCCAACAUUCAAGAAUUUGUUGGUGGUGUUUGGUGGUCUUCAGGGACUUGAGGCCAGUGUAGAUGUUGAUGAAAACCUUAGUUUUACAGAUCCCAGCGUCCUUUUUCACCACUAUCUGAACACCUGCCCUGGUCAGGGCAGCCGUACCAUCCGCACUGAGGAAGCUAUUCUCAUUACCCUCUCUGCGUUGCGACCAAAAAUUGACAUGGCAGUUAGAAAUUCUGCUUCAACAAGUUGAAAGUGUAAAUAUUUUGCCGUGAGCCACCUCUGCAAUCUGUUAAUGUCGUGAAGGACCAACAUUCAUGUUCCCGGCUGACACCAGAGCCUGAUUGCAGAUCCAACCCUGGUUUGUGAUGCAGUGGGAGAGUGCAUUUGUUGAGAUUCUGCGGUGUAUUCCUGCAACAUGUGCUUUCCAACAGUGAAAGUGUGGUGAAGAUUUAACCAUAACUUGAUUCAUCCUCAAGCAAUGCAUCAAUUUGAUGAGGACAUGAGUAAAUGAUGGAUAUUGCUGGCUUCAGUCUGACACAAAUAUCACUUCACUGGUUUUCAGAUAGGCCUACAUUGAAUGGGGUAACACAUCAAACAUGAUUGCUGAUUGCAGCCCGUCUGGAUGUUUGGCCAGAACUAUUCCUCAGUACUUUUCUUGGAAUCAUCACACAGUGUUACAAUUCAGAUGCGUAGGCUGGUUAUUGACUUAAGAAUUAAGAGCAGGAGUAAGACCUUGGCCUCUCGAGCCUACUCUGCCAUCAAUAAAUUCAUGGCUCUGAUUAAUCCACAUUACUACCAAUAAUCUUUCAUUUUCUCUAACUUAAAAAUAUUCAAGGACUCUGCUUCCACUACCUUUUGAGGAAGAGUUCUAACAACUUGCGACCUUCUGUCAGAAAAUAAUUCUCUGCAUCCCUGGCUUAAAUAGGUAACCCCUCAUUUUGAAAGAUGUGUUAUUGAUUAAUUAUGCCAUUUAUGUGUUGAAUAAAGAUUUAUUUUUAAAACUCUUUUGUUAAGUGGUAUGAGAAGCUGGUGCACACGUUUUGCAGACCUCUGUAAGUAACUUAAUGAUUAUUAAAACACUUUAUGUUCAAUGCA